GCGGUUCGUUUCGGAAUAUCGAAAUUCGUGGGAAACCCCUGGGAAACCGAAAACCGUUAAAGUGGAAACUAAUUUUUGAAAUAUUGAAAUUUUAAUUAGCGGAGAAAGCGAAUAAAUAACAAAUUAAUUCCGAAUAACUCUCAAAGUCAAUGGCCCUCGGUGUUUUGUGUGUGCGGGUCCAGUGUCGCCAUAACAAGUAAUCCUGCAUAUAAAUGUGAAAACAACAAAGUUUUGGCCCAGUGUGUGCGGGGGCGUGUGUCAAUAACCAAGGCAACUAGCAAAAACAGCUUAAACAUAAUCAUUUCGUAGCUUAGAAGGCGUUAAACGCAUUUAAGCCGGGUCAAGUGAGUGGUCGAAAGGACAAAGGAGACGCGUCUCCUGCGGCUUCGGUGGUCAGUUGAGAAGUCCCGGGUGUUAAGCACAAGAAAUUCCAAGGAUACCCGGGGAAAACCGAGGGAGCGGCGAAAGGCAUUCCAUUCUGCUGAUACGAACAUAGUUUGGGGAGAAGAAACAAGGGUGCCAAGUAACAGGAUGUUGUAGAAUGAGUGACCACGACCACAUCGAUUCGGUGAAUGCCAGCGGGAGUGACCCGCUCCUGGAGCUGCACAACCUGGAUGGCAUCGAGGAGAGCGUGGAGCUGCAGUGCCUGGUGCAGGAGCACAUCGAGGCCUCGACCUAUGGCAACGCCAGUGACCACUGCCUCACCCAGUUCGACUCGAUCCUGUGCUGGCCGAGGACGGCCCGCGGAACCUUGGCGGUGCUCCAGUGCAUGGACGAGUUGCAGGGCAUUCACUACGACAGCAGCAAGAAUGCAACGAGGUUCUGCCACGCCAAUGGGACCUGGGAGAAGUACACGAACUACGAUGCCUGCGCCCACCUGCCCGCCCCCGAAUCGGUGCCGGAGUUCGAGGUCAUUGUGGAGCUGCCCACCAUUAUCUACUACAUCGGAUAUACCCUCAGCCUGGUAUCGCUCUCGCUGGCGCUGAUUGUUUUCGCCUACUUCAAAGAGCUGCGUUGCCUGCGCAACACCAUUCACGCCAACUUGUUCUUCACGUACAUCAUGUCGGCUUUGUUCUGGAUACUCCUGCUGUCCGUCCAGAUAUCCAUCCGCAGUGGUGUGGGCAGCUGCAUUGCCCUGAUCACCCUCUUCCACUUCUUCACCUUGACGAACUUCUUUUGGAUGCUGGUCGAGGGACUGUAUCUGUAUAUGCUGGUGGUCAAGACCUUCUCGGGGGACAACCUGCGGUUCAACAUCUACGCCUCCAUUGGCUGGGGUGGUCCGGCCUUGUUUGUUGUCACCUGGGCGGUGGCCAAGAGUCUGACGGUCACCUACAGCACCCCCGAAAAGUACGAAAUCAACUGCCCCUGGAUGCAGGAGACCCAUGUGGAUUGGAUUUACCAGGGACCUGUCUGUGCGGUGCUAAUCAUCAAUCUCACAUUCCUGCUGCGCAUCAUGUGGGUUCUUAUCACAAAGCUGCGCUCGGCCAAUACAGUGGAGACUCGUCAGUACCGGAAGGCUGCCAAGGCCCUGCUGGUGCUCAUCCCCCUUUUUGGCAUCACCUACCUGGUGGUUCUGGCCGGGCCAUCGGAGUCCGGCUUAAUGGGUCACAUGUUUGCUGUUCUGCGAGCGGUUUUGCUCAGCACUCAGGGCUUCUCGGUGUCGCUGUUCUACUGUUUCCUUAACUCGGAGGUGCGUAAUGCUCUAAGACACCACAUUUCCACGUGGCGGGACACGCGCACCAUCCAGCUGAACCAGAACCGACGUUACACCACGAAAAGUUUUUCGAAGGGCGGUGGCUCCCCUCGGGCCGAGAGCAUGCGACCCCUGACCAGCUACUAUGGACGCGGAAAGCGGGAGUCCUGCGUGAGCUCGGCCACCACCACCACGCUGGUGGGUCAGCAUGCACCACUCUCGCUCCACCGGGGAUCCAACAACGCCCUGCACACGAUGCCCACCCUGGCGCCCAACGCCAUGAGUUCGGGCAGCACUCUGAGCGUGAUGCCCCGGGCCAUUAGUCCCCUGAUGAGGCAAGGACUCGAGGAGAACUCGGUGUAGACAAAUCCCUAGCAAGUGCAUCUUAAGAGACUGAACCUUCAUUGAAUUCCACUUCCGCGUCGGGGAUCGAGAUCUGCGAGUGCGACUAGUUAGCUAGUACUAUAUUUUAGGCAGGAGUGCGAUGAAGGGACGAAACUAAGUACCAAGCAGAGCAGAAAGCCACUCUACUUAAGUUAGGUCAAUCGUUUUAAACUGUUUGAUGUCGUCUAUGUGAACCGCUGAGAGCCCCAGAACCCAACCCACAGAACAAACCCAAAACCAAAAGCAAACACAAACUGUAGCUGUUGAAUGUAACUCAAUGUGCAAAUGGAUUAAUUCUCUGUGUGAACACAAAAUCUGAGCAUCUAAAUAAAUG